AUUCACUACAGCUAAAGCACAGCUCUAUCCGGAUCCGCCGAAGCUUUGACAUUACAGUAGGCUAAUGGAGAGUUUGCUGGAUAACCCCAUGAAAGCCGUGCUUUAUCUCAAAGAACUGACCACCAUCGUACAAAACCAGCAGAGUUUGAUUCAAACACAGCGGCAGCGGAUCGACGAGCUCGAGAGGAAAGUUGAGGACCUGAUUGGCGAGAAUCGACAGCUGAGAGAUCCUCAUCAAUACUACCACCACCGCCCGGCCCCGCGGACGAUCAGCCCUCAGCCGGCCGCGCAUCCGCACCAGCAUCCGGCGAUUCACGGUCAACCCCAGCAGCAGCAACAACAACAACAACAACAGCAGAAUCCUUCUAAACAGCCACAGCAUCCUCCAGCAUCACCCACUCAUCACCUGCAGCAUCUGCAGCUGGUGACUACGUCCCCCCCGUCUCUCAAAGCCACCCAGUCCAGCCCUGAGCCCGCGGAGGCCGACAAGAGGUGCCCGUCUUGCAAGUCUGUGGUUCCGCAGACACCCUCCACACUGUGUCGGUCCGCAGGGCUCGCAAGGAAACCCGAGAACCAGACGGUUCUGCACCAGUUCUGCUGUCCUGCCCCAGAUGCACCAGAGUCUGACUCCCAGGCGUGUGUACCCAGUGAAGAGCCACCCUCCCCUUCUCCGAUUGCGACACCUUCACCUGAGGAGCCCAUAGUUGCUGCAUCGCCAUUGCGUGGGGCAACUGCCACCAACACUGCUCAGCCUGAGGUCCUAGUUGAACCUCAGAUUGUAGGGAGCACCAUAAAAAGGUCUAUCGAUGGAGGAGGGGAUGAUGGAUAUCGAGGUAGUAAGCAGGAGAUUGAGUGUUUGGAGAUUGAGCAGGAAGAGGUGAAGGCACAAGAAACAGCAGAGGAGGAAGAAAACCCACAUGUGCAACCACCACAACUGCAAGAGGAUGAGAAGAAGGAUAUGGAGGAGCAAGAGAGGGAAGCCUCAAGUACGGGGAGUGCAGGAAGGAUGCCAAGCUUGCAUCAUACUGCUUCACCAAUUAGAAUGCAGAGGAACCGAGCAUGCAGCCACUCCACAUCCUCCAACUAUGAACUCUCGCUCGACCUCAAAAACAAGCAGCAGAUCGAAAUGCUAGAGCACAAAUAUGGGGGCCACCUCAUCUCACGCCAUGCUGCCUGCAAAAUCCAGAUGGCCUUCCGCCAGUACCAGCUCAGUAAAAACUUUGAGAAGAUCCGAAACUCCCUCCUUGAGAGUCGCCUGCCACGCCGUAUCUCCCUGCGAAAGGUGCGUGUGCAAAAUACAGAGGGAAUCUCAGCUGAACGGGCCCUGGCUGAAGGCUGCAAUCUUGCGAGUAUUCCGCUGGUCCGGUCCCCAUCCCUGCCAACCACAAUGGGUGGAACCCUCACAGACCUGGAGGAUUCCUUCAACGAGCAAGUCCAGUCUCUUGCCAAAUCCAUUGACGAUGCACUCAGCAACUGGAACAUGAAAACCAUGUGUUCUCUCCAAGAAAGUGGCACAUACCAGUUUAGCUCAGAGUCCUUCAGUACAGCUGAUUUCAAUACUGGGGUGGCAGCGACAGUCCGUGAAGGUGGCUCCAUGGACUCUUCUGCACUCCAGAGUGGAAUUGGCCAAGCAGACAAUUCUGAGAACACAGCCCGGAGUGCUAGCAAACUAAUGAUGACCUUCCGGGAUGUGACAGUUCAAAUUGACAGUCAGAAAUUUCUUGUGUCAUCUUCUGUUAUGGAAUCUUCUACUUCAGUCUCUCUCGGUAAUGGUGUCCAGCAGGGGGCCAUCAUUACCGAGAGCCCACCACAACCUCCAGUUAAUGAUGAAAAGGAACAGUCUCCACAAGGACAACCACCACCACCUCCCCAGGAGCUAGCUCCACCACCUCUAGAGCUGGAUGCUGAGGAAGUACCUGAUGGUGACUUCCCAGCCCCUCCACCAAGUGAGGAGGAGCUUGGGGAGGAGCCAGCACCUCUUGUGCUGGAGAAAAAAGAAGCUCCAGAACCUGCGAUUCUGGCACAGACAGCAAUAACUUCUGAUACCUUGUCUCCACAAGAGGUUGCAGAGAUGCUUGUCACCCCUAUUGUAGAGGUUCUGGAGGCUAAGCGCAUUGAGUCGGACACAGCGGACAACAGCUCAGAGCAGAUGAGCAGCAGCAGUACAUCCACAUCCGCUCGCUCGGCUUCAGAGGUCACAUCCAAAGAGCCUCUGCAGGCCAUGAUACUGAGCUUGCCCCGCUACCACUGCGAGAACCCAACCAGUUGUAAAUCUCCAACCCUCUCAACCGACGUCAUGCGAAAACGACUGUAUCGCAUCGGUCUCAACCUCUUCAACAUAAAUCCAGACAAAGGCCUCCAGUUUCUCAUCUCAUGUGGUUUCAUUCCGGAUACGCCCAUCGGUGUAGCACACUUUAUGCUCCAGAGGAAGGGGCUGAGCCGGCAGAUUAUUGGCGAGUUCCUUGGCAACAGCAAGAAGCCCUUCAACAGAGAUGUGUUAGACUGUGUGGUGGAUGAGAUGGAUUUCUCAGGGAUGGAAUUGGAUGAGGCUCUGAGGAAGUUCCAGGCUCAUAUCCGUGUGCAGGGUGAAGCGCAGAAAGUAGAAAGACUGAUAGAGGCAUUCAGUCAGCGUUACUGUAUGUGUAAUCCAGACAUCGUGCAGCAGUUCCACAAUCCAGACACCAUCUUCAUCCUCGCUUUCGCCAUCAUCCUCCUCAACACAGACAUGUACAGCCCCAACAUCAAACACGACCGCAAGAUGUUACUUGAAGACUUCAUCCGCAACUUGAGAGGGGUUGAUGAUGGUGCUGAUAUUCCACGGGACAUGGUGGUGGGAAUCUAUGAACGGAUUCAACUGAGAGAGCUACGAUCGAAUGAAGACCAUGUCACUUAUGUCACCAAGGUGGAGCAAAGCAUUGUAGGAAUGAAAUCAGUUCUGUCAGUGCCUCACAGGAGACUGGUGUGCUGCAGUCGGCUAUUUGAAGUGACUGACAUCAACAAAGCCCAAAAGCAAGCAGCUCACCAGAGAGAGGUCUUCCUCUUCAACGACCUACUUGUGAUUUUGAAACUGUGUCCAAAGAAGAAGAGUUCAGCUGCCUACACCUUCUGCAAAGCUAUGGGUCUGCUAGGCAUGCAGUUUCACCUGUUUGAGAAUGAAUACUAUCCUCAUGCAAUCACCAUCUUAUCUCCGUGUUCAGGCUCUGAUAAGAAGCAGGUGUUGAAUUUCUGUGCUCAGAAUGCAGAGGAGCUGCUGAAGUUUGUAGAGGACCUGAAAGAGUCCAUUGCUGAGGUGUCAGAGAUGGAGCAGAUACGUAUUGAAUGGGAGUUGGAGAAGCAGCAGGGAGCCAAAAUCCACUCCAUCAAGAACAGUGGGACACAGCUUGAGUUGAGGGGCAGUCAAGGUUCUCCUUCAGGCAAACAGGAAAUGAACACACCACAGAGUGGACACAAUGCAGUAGAGGUGUCAAUUCACAACAGGCUUCAGACGUACCAGAUCAAUACGGUGCCGUCGAGCCCUGAGUGCGCUCCCCUACUCAACCACCAGAGGGACCUCUUCCCACAGCCACUGUUGCAAUGCGCCAGCCCCACACCCUCUCACGCCUACCAGCCCGUGACCCUGGUCGACAUACGACCCGACACGCUAAUCCAGUGCCAGCAAAUCGUCAAAGUCAUCGUCUUGGACAAAGGUGCCCAUCGUUGCAUGGGGGCAUUCCUCAGCCAGAGUCCCACACAUCACCAGCUCAUCCAAUCUGUUGUCUCCACGCCAGUCCGUUCACCUGAUGGGGGAGGCUACCAGGGUGGAAAUGAAAGUGCACAGCCCCCCCUACCUCCAGCACCACCACCAUAUAACCACCCUCAUCAGUAUAUACCCCCAGAUCCAGGCCUUGGGCUACAGAGGUCCCCAAGUGGCUCUCGUAGCCUAAUAUAGAGUUAAAAACAACAUAGUAUGAAGAACUAAUAAACAGUCCAGGCAAACUUUUGAUGGUAUU